AUGGCCCGUUCAGAAGCGGGCUGCGGACGUGGCAGGUCUAGCCACCAAAGACGUGCAGAUAUUAACAUUUUGUUGUGUUUUCUUUCGCCUCCACUUUCCCUACAGAUGCAUUUCUUUUUCUCAGACAAAGUGAUUCUCCUGUUUGACUUCUGGGAUGUCCACAGCGCCGGAGGGAUGGUGCUCUCCGUUUUCUUGAUCACGCUACUCACCGUGAUAUACGAAGGCAUCAAGGUUGGCAAGGCGAAACUGAUCCAGCAUUCCCAGACGGCCGUGGCCCCCAGCAUCAGUCAGGAGAACUUGAGAGAAGGGGUCUCCGUGAACUCAGAUGUGGGGCCCGCCGCCAGCUCUCUAAAGAAGCGUCUCUCGUGGCACCUAGCCGAGACCUUACUCCACAUGGUACAGGUGUUUUUGGGCUACCUGGUGAUGCUGGCCGUCAUGACUUACAACACGUGGAUUUUCCUGGGCGUGAUUGCUGGUUCAGCCAUCGGAUACUUCGUGGCGUAUCCGCUGCUGUGCCUCAGAUAGCAGCGUGGAAGCUUCAUGGGGAAAAAGCUCAAGACUGCAAAUCAUUCCGGAUUUUGCAACUGGAACGGCUUCUAUUGCGACAAUUCCUCUCCACGAGAGAGCUGAGGAUCUCUUGGAGUUUGAUUUGAUCCCUCGUCUCGGCGGAUAGGACAUUGUCCAACUUCUAAUCCUCUCAAGUAGCAAUUGUGCUUCCAAUGUCAAGCCAUUUUCUUUCCUAAGUGCCUUAAAACUGACUUUUCUCCUGGCCCAGAAAGUUAAUUUGAAGGAGAGGGCCCUUAUCUCCACCUAAGAGUACAGUAUGAUUGUCGCCGAGGUUGCCUUCAAAGCCUGUGUUUGGGAUGGGGUAGCUCUGACCAAAUUAUCUUCAGUCCCUCUUAAACCUCCUCAGCGUACUUUCUAACUUGCUUGGAAAAUAAAGCGGCCAGCGGAAAUGUAGAAAGGCAGGACGGAGGGGCAAAUGUUGGUCCCUAACCUUGAAGGGAGUGAUGGGGAUAAGCAUCCUAUUAUCUAGAGC